AUGCCACAAGAACUCACUAUGGCUAAGCUUGUCUCUAUGCAAAUAGCCUCAUCCUAUCACUCCUAUCAACUUGCCACUUCAUUUUCAGCUUUAGUCUAUACUCUUUCUUUUCGCACUAUUACCACUAAACUAGCCAAAAAGAGCCGCCAAAACAUCACUAGGUCUUUAUUUCUCUUUCAACGACACCUUAAAGGCCAAACCAUUACUCUUCGACCUUUUACUUUAUCUCUUAAUUCCGAAGUAGUCAAAGUCACUCUCCUAGCCAAAGCCUUAUCAGCCAUUUACCAAAAAUACAAAAUAACUACUGAUUUCACAACCUUCAUAUCUUCUCUUAUCACACCCCACUCCAAAGAUUCCAUCUUUCGCUCCGUUUAUGAAGAACUUACAGUCAAAAAAGAGAUUCUUAUCUCUCUAUCCCAAAUCAAACCAGCCAAAACCAAGCAUCCUUUAAUCACACCUAUUCGCCCUCCUAAACCCCGCCAACUACCCCCUCUUUCCCAAACUUCCUAUUGCCUAACCUGUCGCCGCCCCAUUGCUAACAAAAUGAGCAAACGCCACGCCCUUUCCAAGCACCACCAAACAACUCCUCCUAUCUACUCCCGCCAUACCCAAGGAUCAGCCUAUACCGUCCUUGCCAAAUUCUCACGCGUUAUUCCCUACUACACAUCCCACCUAAUCACUAUCCAGCAAUCCCAACUAGUCCUUCCCCUCAGCCGAGUAUCCAUUCAUCCAUACUCCGCCACCACUGCAACCACCACAACCACUGCUCCCAAACCCACUAAAUCCCCGCCUACUUACACUUGCAACAUCUGCCACAGCACUCAGACCACCCAAGCCGCCCACCAAAAGCACUUCCAGCAAAAAGCACACCGCACGGCCCUCAAGGCCAUCGGUACUUCUAACCCCGACAAACAUAACACUUUCCCCACCCCCGCAGCCAUCCUUCGCCACCACCAACUCUAA